ACCAAUCAGCGUCGCCGCGGGCAUCAGGUAUAAAAUCCGAGCGGGGAACCCGGACGUCCAGAUCCGAGAUGGGGGCGAUGGCGCCUCGCACGCUGCUCCUGCUGCUGGCGGCCGCCCUGGCCCCGACCCAGACCCGCGCGGGCUCGCACUCCAUGCGGUAUUUCCACACCAUCGCGUCCCGGCCCGGCCUCGGGGAGCCCCGGUACGUGGAAGUCGGCUACGUGGACGACACGGAGUUCGUGCGCUUCGACAGCGACGCGGAGAAUCCGAGGAUGGAGCCGCGGGCGCCGUGGAUGCAGCGGGAGGAGCCGGAUUAUUGGGAGAGGGAGACACGGAAAGCCAAGGGCCAUGAGCAGACUUUCAGAGUGAACCUGAGGACCGCGCUCGGCUACUACAACCAGAGCGAGGGCGGCUCUCACACCUGGCAGUGGAUGUACGGCUGUCUCGUGGGGCCGGACGGGCGCCUCCUCCGCGGGUAUGAACAGCUCGCCUACGAUGGCAACGAUUACAUCGCCCUGAACGAGGACCUGAGGACGUGGACGGCGGCGGACGCGGCGGCGCAGAUCACCCGGCAGAAGUGGGACCUGGCUGGUGAAGCAGAGAGACACAGGGCCUACCUGGAGGACGAGUGCGUGCAGUGGCUCCACAGAUACCUGGAGAACGGGAAGGAGCAGCUGCUGCGCACAGAUCCCCCAAAGGCACAUGUGAGCCAUCAUCCUGGCCCUAAAGGUGAUGUCACCCUGAGGUGCUGGGCCCUGGGCUUCUACCCUGCUGACAUCACCCUGACCUGGCAGAGGGAGGAGGAGGAACAGACUCAGGACAUGGAGCUGGUGGAGACCAGACCUUCUGGGGAUGGAAGCUUCCAGAAGUGGGCAUCUGUGGUGGUGCCUUCUGGGGAGGAGCAGAAAUACACAUGCCAUGUGCACCAUGAGGGGCUGCCUGAGCCCCUCACCCUGAGAUGGGAGCCUCCUCAGUCCACUGUCCCCAUCAUGGCAGUCAUUGCUGUUCUGGUUCUCCUUGGAGCUGUGACCAUCAUUGGAGCUGUGGUGGCUGUUGUGAGGAAGAGGAAGGGAAAAGCAGGUGGAAAAGGAGGGAACUAUGCUCCAGCUCCAGGCAGGGACAGUUCCCAGAGCUCUGAUGUGUCUCUCCCAGACUGUUAAGUGAUUGUUCAUGACUCUUGUUCUGUAGCGUGAAGACAGCUGCCUGGUGUGGACUGAGUGACAAGACAGUGUGAUCAGGCCUCUGCUGUGACAUCCAGAGCCCCUCAGUCCACUCUCAGCAACAGUGUCUGAUGUUCCCUGUGAUCCUAUGGGCUCAAUGUGAAGCUCAGCUCAGCCCAGCCCUGUCCUGCACACCAGGACCCUGUCCCUGCACUGCCUGUGUUCCCUUCCAUGGCCAAUCCUCCUGUUCCAGCAGACAGGAGGGAACAUCUCCAUCCUGUCACCUCCCUGAUGCCCUGAGCUGUAGACCCUGACUUCCCCAAUGAAAAUAAGGAUCUCGAUUUGAACUUGAUUGUUCACGUCCUUGAUCUGACAGGUUGAUUGGCAGUUAAAAAAAUUAUUGAGAUGCUUAGAGAUGGUGGAGGAAAUAAACAUUAAUGUGGAGAGCC